CCGUAGCAAACGUGCAAUUUGCACAAGGAUAUAGCUCAAGUUCUUGCCAACCCACUCUCUGUUUGCUCAAGACUGCCAUUUUCUCAGCCAAUUCUUGUGCAAUGUCUCACCUGGAAAACUUUAAUGGAGUCUCCGAAACACUGCCGGUCAUUCCAAGGUUUCCGAGCGUACAAACAACCAGAAAGAAAGCGAGCAUUAUUUGCUUUAUGAGCAAGAAAAGUGAUGGUUUGCAGGAACAGCCACUACAAACUACAAGAAGACUUGCAUUAGGCCUUGCCUCUAUUGCACUUGUUGGCAACUCCUGCAACGGUGUCUCUCUUGCUGAGGGCAAUGGGUUCUGGCUCGACGGCCCUCUGCCUGUGCCUUCUGCUGAAAACAAAAUUGCAAAUGAGAAGACGGGAACGCGGUCUUUUCUGAAAAGGGGAAUCUACAUGGCAAAUAUUGGAACGAAAGGGAGGAAGUUCAGGCUUAAGAAAUAUGCUUUUGAUCUUCUGGCAAUGGCGGAUUUGAUUGCAAAAGAUACAUUAAACUAUGUUCGAAGGUAUCUGCGGUUAAAAUCCACUUUCAUGUACUUUGAUUUCGAUCGAGUAAUCUCUGCAGCUCCAGUGGAUGAGAAACAGCCCCUUACUGAUCUUGCUAACAGAUUAUUUGACACGGUCGAAAAGCUUGAUGGUGCCGUGAAGCAGCGCGACCUGCUUCAGACAGAAACAUACUAUAAAGACACAACAGUUAUUCUCCAAGAGGUCAUGGAUCGAAUGGUGUGAAUUCUUAAAAUCUGUUCAUCUGAUGGAGCAAAUUAGUCCAACUGCAAAUUUAUUUGUACCGAUGUGUAAGUUCAUACUAUGUCAAACUGAAUCUGCAAAUGUAAAUGCAUAGAACUUGUACAUGAUGGUUGAGUUAUGAGUUUUCGAGAUUAUGACUAUGAACACGGACUCUGUUUUCCGCUUCUA